AUGCAGAUCAAACGGCGCCUAUCCUGCGAAGAUGACAACUGCGACGCGGCAGAAGACUAUAUCAGUCGGUCUCGCCUACAUAAGCGCAUCUGUCCAUCUACCGACGAUUCCAUAAUCAGCCGACCUCCCGUACGCGACACAAUAUCUACUCUACCUGCCGAGAUCCUCGUCCGUAUACUGUCCUUCCUCGGCGAGACGACCCUGCUCGAGAUCUCGACCGUCUCCCGCCUCUUCCACCGCGUCACGGCCGAUCAGCAUCUGUGGCGCCUGCACUAUUACCGCCGGUUCAUCCUACCGCGCGCACAUCUGAUACCAGGCUUCCGGAAAGGUGCCGUCCGGAAUGGCAGCUCAUACAGUAGCAGCCGAGCGAGCAGGCCUGAACCCACGAGCCGCUCCGGAGAUUCUGUCGACUGGAAACAGUCGUACAAGCUGCUGCACAACUGGGCCCGGGGGCGGUGCGAUGUCGAGGAGCUUCAAAUCCACCCCCGUGAGCCCAUGAUGCUCGGCCGGACCAUCGGUAGGACGCUUGUCAAGGUGGUCGAGGGACUAGCUAUCACGGCUGACGUCGCAUCGGGCCUCAUGGUCUGGGAUCUUCGUACGCGUUCGCCCGUAGCCCAGACAGGUCUUGAGCCGAGUUCCGGAUGCCAGGUUCAUCCGACGUGCUUGGCCGUCGACGAUGAGCUCCUGUCCCAGGGCGGGGUAGGCAUCGCUGCGGGCUUUGACAAUGGCACCUUUGGCGUAUGGAGAAUGGACCUGGCCAACAAACAGCUGAUUAAGCUUUGCCGUCACAGCAGGGGACCACAGGGUCGCCUCGAGGCCAUUGCAUACUGCCAGCCGUAUGUUCUAGCGGCGUCGACGGGAGGCUACGUUGCCGUGUGGACGCUGGACGCGCAUUGGCAUAAUGGGACUGAUGGCGAUGCUACCAAGGCCAAAGAUGCCCGCGCCCCGCACAUGGUGCGUUCUCUGAGGUCGCACAGCACCCGCGCGCCUCUGACACUGUCGAUGCGCAGGGUAUCGUUGUCAGUCAUUGCAUCAAUAGUGUACACUCUGGACACUGUCGGCGGCUGGUGCAUCGGCAUUCAGGACUUCGAUAUCCGGCCGUCGUUGGGCGAUGGGCCGCCCGAGAUUGUUGAUUCACGCAUAGCACACACCGUACCGACUCCCAUGUACGGUGCCAGGGCACAAACAGCACCAGCUAUGUCACCACCAAAUGGUCGCGGGGUCCGCCACAUCAUCGGUAACGAGGACCAUGUUGACGAUGGCGACGACCAAAAUCAAAACUCGGUACACUCGACACCACCAUCUGCCUCCUCGCUGGGACCCAUUUGUCUCUGCUACAACCACCCUUACCUCCUGGCCACGCUGCCGGACAACACUCUGCUCCUGCACCUAUGCACCACGACGUCAACGAGGUUAACCAUUUCCCCCGGAACGCGUCUUUGGGGCCACACGUCGGGCAUCUCUGACGCUGAAAUCACUGCGCGCGGCAAGGCCGUCAGUGUGAGUGCGCGGGGUGACGAGAUUCGCGUAUGGGAGCUCGAAGGGCGUGCAGGAGGUUGCAGUGUUGAGGUGAGGCCUAGGCAACAGGAUGCCAUCCCUGAGGAGAGCAGCACGGACGCACCAGCCAUGUCCACGUCUUUAGAUUUCAAGAAGAACAAGGUAGGGUUCGACGAGGAAAUGGUCAUUGUGCUCAAGGAGGCGCUCGAUGGAAGAGAGUCUCUCAUGGUAUAUGAUUUCACAUGA